AUGUCAUCGAGCGCACCCGCUAGCGGCCUCGAGGCCAAGGCGGCCAAGAAGCUCGCAGCACGUAAACGCUUCGAGGACGUCUUCCCGCUCCUCGUCGAGGAGUUGAUCGACUAUCUCAAGUCCGAGGGCAUGCCAGCCGAAGCACAAGAGUGGUACCGCAAGAACCUCGACUACAACACGCCGGGUGGCAAGCUCAAUCGCGGUCUCAGUGUUGUCGAUACGGUAGACAUUCUCCUCUGCACAGACGCUGGAGGGAAGAGGACGAGAGAGCUUUCCGAGCCAGAGUACCUGAAAGCCGCCAUCUUGGGCUGGUGUAUCGAGCUCCUCCAGGCCUACUUCCUCGUCGCAGACGAUAUGAUGGACGCUUCGCUCACACGCCGUGGUCACCCUUGCUGGUACAAGGUGCAAGGUGUCGGCAACAUCGCAAUCAAUGACUCCUUCAUGCUCGAAGCGGCCAUCUACUACCUGCUCAAGAAGCACUUCCGUCAAGAUAGCUACUACGGCUUCCUCCUCGAGCUCUUCCACGACGUCACCUUCCAGACGGAGCUUGGCCAGCUCAUCGACCUCAUCACCGCCGACGAGCACCACGUCGACCUGUCCAAGUUUUCCCUCGAGAAGCACCACCUCAUCGUCUUGUACAAAACGGCCUUUUACUCCUUUUACCUUCCCGUGGCCUGCGCAAUGCACAUGGCCGGUAUCAAGGACGAGAGCCUAUUCAAGCACGCUGCAGCGAUCUUGCUGCCCCUCGGCGAGUACUUUCAGGUGCAAGACGACUACCUCGACGCGUACGGCAAUCCGGAGGUUAUCGGCAAGAUCGGGACCGACAUCCAGGACAACAAGUGCUCGUGGCCCAUCAACGUCGUUCUCCUCCACGCCACGUCAGAACAGCGUGCGCUGCUUGAUCAGCAUUAUGGGCGCAAAGAUGCUGCGAGCGAGGCGGUAGUCAAGGACAUCUACUCUGCAUCGAAUAUCGACAUCCCCUCCAAGUUUGCCGCGUACGAGAAGAAGAGCUACGAUGAGAUUACGGCCAAGAUUGCGCAGGUAGACGAGUCGACGGGACUUAGGAGGGACGUCUUUACUAGCUUUUUGGAUAAGGUGUACAAGAGGACCGUGUGA